AUGAAGCAAACAAAAACUAGAUGAAACAAGUGCUAAUUCAAAUUUUUAUUCCAUAAACAAUGAAACUGGUCGAAAGACACAACAAUCAAAUCGUCCGAUGAACCAACAUGCUCCAAAACCCACAAGAACUGCAGCCACUGUCGACCUUACCACGGAACCACCAGACCAACGCAUAAGAACGCAAUCAUUUCGCCGCCAAAGACAAGAGCAACGUCAGCAACUAACUGUCAAUAGCCAACCUGGCACUAGACGAGGAAGCCAACAACAAGAGCACGUCCAUUCGCCGCCUCUAAACGUAAACAAACCAAAAGUAAACACAAGACCAGCUGUUCACAUUAUUGAAGGUCUGUUACCAGGGCGACCAUUGCCAACUGACGGCACAUGCGUCAUACUGAGUCACCAAGACCCGGAAAUUACAAGCGACCAACUCAUCACCAAGUUUUACAAUUCUUACAAACCAAGAGAUCAUAACGUCAAAAUAAACAGAAUCGCUAAAAUCUCCUCCUCACGAAUAGCCAUAAUCUGUAAUGACCAAAAUAGUGCAGUUGAACUCUCUGCCUUCAUUCCAACAAUCGAAGGGAUGACCUGGUCAACUGCCCAAAAGAAAAGGCCGAUACUUCGAAUACAUGGGAUCCCGGACAAAACAACUGUCGAGGACCUCAUCUGUCAGCUGAAGUAUCACAAUGAUGAGCUUGCCAACAUUCAACUAGAUGAUAGCAACUUCGUUUUUGCCUUCAAAAAAACCGAAGGUGAUGUCAAAGAAUCUAAUGCUGACUUCUUCUUCAGAUGUGAUGCUGCGAUUCAUAAAAUCUUCACUGCCAACCCCUUUGUAAGGAUCGACUACCGCAGGUGUCGAGUCAGCAACUACUCGAACUUCCUGCAGUGUUGGAAGUGUCAGAUGUUUGGUCACAGCUCAAGCAACUGUAACCAAAAAAUUGCAUGUUCCCACUGCUCCGAGGAACACAAUACCAAAGACUGCACCAAGAAACGAACUCCGAAAUGCGUCAACUGCACUAAAUAUAACCUGCGUGUCAAAAACCCACAUUUCCGUCUCGACUGUUCACACUCUGCCAUGACUGCAACCUGUCCCAUCUUCCGUAGAAUGCGUGAAAUUGCCCAUGAACUCACCAACUACAAUGGCUCUUAGAAAUCCACACAUCUUCACCAAGCGAAACCUUAAUAUUGUCCAACUAAACGUUGACCGAUGUUACUCAAGUUAUCAUAGCAUAUUGAAUUACUCCAUCGAAAAUCACAAAGACAUCCUCUUAAUCCAGGAACCACCACCCAACUAUGCCACCAUGCAGUCAAGUGGCAUAAGAUUUUACACUGAUAAACAAAAGUCAGUGGUUACAAUCAUCCUCAAUCAUAAUAUCACCAUCACCUGUGCAACAGUCGACCAGUCGAACAUCGUAACUGUUGGACUAGCUGAACUCAUCCUAAUAAACUGCUAUUUUCCGCCUCAAACACCUCAACAACCCAUCUUUUUAACAAUUGAAAAUCAUUUGGCACUGAAUGAGCACUGUAUCAUAGCAGGGGAUUUUAACGCAAGAUCAGCCCUCUGGAACGAUACACUGACAAAUACGAGAGGCAAAAACCUCGAGUCAUUUAUAAAUACAAACGCCCUGUCACUCUAUUACUCCAGAGAUCAUCCCUCCUUCUUUGCUUGUCGGGCGGGUGAGAUCUUCGCAAGUAAUAUUGACCUUACAAUCUCAACAAGAGAGACAGAUUUCACCAUUGAAGACUGGACCUUGGUAAACAGGGACUUUGUGACCCCUCAUGCCUGCAUUAGUUUCACCAUCGAACCUAUUGGCGAACUGCCCAGGAGAGCCCGAACGGAUGAGCAAUCCAGGAAACACUGGAAUCUUCGCAACGUGGACUGGUCCAUCUUCUCACUUGAGCUCGAUAUCAACCAACCAAACCUUGCAGGAGUCGAGACCGUCAGUAACAUCGAGAUUGAUAACAACCUAGAAGUCCUGUAUGAAUGGAUAGAGAGAUCAUUACUGUCUUCCGGUGGUCGUAUUAAGAAAGCACGUGAAAUCAAGGGUUACCCCUGGUGGAAUGCAACCGUUGAAAAGACCAUGGAAAACAUCCACAAGGCCAAGAGGAGAAUAAGACAGAAUUCUCCAAGAUCCCUUAAACAUGCCAUCACAUGGCUUAACCAACUGACCAUAAGACUCAAACAACAAAUCCGCGAGGCAAGACUCGACUAUUGGAAAAAAUUCUUCACUGACUAAACAGGGUCAGA